GGGCAGAUGAUGGGACCCUGGUUUAGCAGACAUUGAAUUGUAUAGCCAAUCACAUUUUCCUCUGCUUUUCAAAUUCGGAACUUUCGGCAACAGUAAUGGCGGGUUUGACUCAAAACCACGGUUUGUCCGCACUCUGUCUUGCUUAGCCGCAAUUUAUCACUAAACAACCUGCCAAAAACUAUUAUAUUAACGGAUCUCUUCUAAUGUGUCCACUGCAACGAACGAUCAGCUUUCUCACGGUUAUUUUUGUAUUCGAAUUUCUUGUUGAAGGAGAAGAAAAAUUUAAGUUUCUUGAAUUUGAAUGGCCACUUCUGCUUCCCUUUCUGAUUUCAGUACUCAGCACUUGGUCGCCGAGAAGCAGUCAUGUCAUUACUCCUGUAGCAGGUUCUAUGGUGGCAGCCAUAGGACCACUCGAGUUGUUUUGAAGCAUAAGUUCUUGUUCUUGUCUGGGGACGUAAGAUUAAGCAGUUUUCAUCGCCGGAAAGCCGGUUAUUUAAAGCGUGGCGGUGUUCGGUUCCCGAGAGCAGAGUUGCAGAGGGAGAAUUCUGAUUUUGGGUUCGUGCUUGAUGGUGUGCCUCAUCUCUCCGAUUGGCUGCCCAAUUUAACUACUUACCCAAAUCCUUUACGAGACAACCCUGCCUAUUCUGACGUUGAGCAGUUCUUUGUUCAUCUGGAUGAUGUGGUUCCUAAAGAUAUUGUUGUGCGAAUGAACAGCCCAAGAGGAAUUCAUUUUCGUCGUGCAGGACCACGGGAAAGGGUCUGUUUUAAACCGGAUGAAGUGCGUGCUUGUAUAGUAACAUGUGGAGGAUUGUGCCCCGGACUGAAUACUGUCAUUCGUGAAAUUGUAUGCGGUUUACAGAACAUGUAUGGAGUUACUGAUGUGCUUGGUAUUGUGGGAGGUUACAAAGGUUUUUAUUCUCACAAUACAAUUCCAUUAAAUCCAAAAGUUGUCAAUGAUAUUCACAAACGUGGGGGUACAAUUCUUGGUACUUCACGGGGUGGUCAUGUGACUUCUAAAAUAGUUGACAGCAUUCAAGACCGUGGCAUCAAUCAGGUCUACAUACUUGGAGGUGAUGGAACUCAGAGAGGAGCAACUGUUAUUUAUGAGGAAAUCCAAAGACGGGGUUUGAAAGUGGCAGUUGCUGGGAUUCCUAAGACUGUUGAUAAUGACAUUGCGAUAAUUGACAAGUCAUUUGGUUUUGAUACGGCUGUUGAGGAAGCACAAAGGGCAAUCAAUGCGGCACAUGUAGAAGCAGAAAGUGCAGAAAAUGGUGUGGGUCUGGUGAAGCUUAUGGGUCGAUACAGUGGAUUCAUUGCUAUGUACGCCACACUUGCCAACAGGGAUGUGGAUUGUUGUCUAAUCCCCGAAUCCUCCUUCUAUCUUGAAGGGGAAGGUGGACUUUAUGAAUUUGUUAAGAAACGUAUUAAUGACAAUGGGCAUGCUGUAAUAGUGGUUGCGGAAGGUGCGGGACAGGAGCUUGUUGCUGAAUCUAUGCAGAGUAUGGAUAAAGCGGAUGCUUCAGGAAACCAAUUACUGCUGGACGUUGGUUUAUGGCUCUCCCAAAAACUCAAGGAUCAUUUUCGUACAGAGCACAAAGUGCUGAACUUGAAGUAUAUUGACCCAACUUACAUGGUCCGUGCGAUUCCAAGCAAUGCAUCGGACAAUGUCUACUGUUCUCUUCUGGCCCAAAAUGCCAUUCAUGGAGCUAUGGCAGGAUACACUGGUUUCACUGUUGGUUCGGUGAAUGGCAAACAUGUUUAUAUUCCUAAUGCUCAUAUUACAGAGACUCGGAAGCAAGUCAAUACCACUGACCGUAUGUGGGCAAGGUUGCUCUCUUCUACAAACCAACCUAGUUUCCUAAGGUACGAAGAGAUCAUGAAAUCCAAGAGGGAAAAAGAAUCAACCAAAAUGCUGGAAGAACUUGAUGCCCGUAUUGAGAAAACCAAUUCCUCUACUGUACCGGAGAAUGGACUUGAUAUGAAGACAGCGGAGACUGCUCGUAAAGAGAAUGGUGUGGCUGGGAACAAAUUGUAUGCUACUGUAAAGAAUAAAGAGAAGAAGAAAGAAGAGGGAGCUAACUAAAGGUCCUGUAGUGCUUUAAAAUAUCCGCAUCUCAUAUUACAAAACAUUGUUUAGAUUACGAGGCAAAGUGAAGCUUUUAAUAGGAAGCACCGCAGCAACGGAGUUAUUCAAUUAGUAGUGAGUGAUAUAUAGAUAGAGAAUCCAGCGAGUUUGUUCUGGUUUAUAAUCCAUGCUCCAUUUGAGCUUUUACAGGGUGUGCACUGCACCACUAGAUUUUCAUUUGUAAAGUUUAUUAAUUUUGACAUUAUAGUACCAAUUUAAUUUGGCACAA